AUGGAUCUACGCCUAACCUCUGGGCCAAAAAUUACAGAUGCAAAACUCAUCACAGGCCGGAGCACCACCCCGGACCUUGCACAGCAGCACGGUGGAGUCAGCGAUGUUGUAGUGAAAACCCCUUUCAAUCAGGUGUCCUGCUGUGGGCCUGUAUCUUGGACCAGCUGCUGCCACUCUAGGCUGCCCUCUCUGUCAGAGUCUACUUGUAGCUGCUUGCUCUACAUCCUUCUCCAUGUGGGGGCCUCAGCAAUCUGCUGCCUCCUGCUGUCCAGGAAGGUGUUAGAAAGGGUCUGGGGCAAAGCAUGUGGGAUCCAGAUGCCCUCAGUGCUGUGUGCCCACCUGUUUGGCAACUCUGACUGUCCAGUACUCAGUGGCUCUGGGGCUGUGUAUCGAGUAUGUGCAGGAACUGCCACCUUCCACCUGCUGCAGGCUGUGCUACUAGUCCGCCUCCACUCCCCUACCAGCCCUCGGGCACAGCUACAUAACAGCUUCUGGAGCCUCAAGCUGUUGCUCCUGUUUGGUCUCUGCACCGUUGCCUUCUGCAUCCCGGACGAGCAUCUCUUCCCAGCCUGGCAUUACAUUGGCGUCUGUGGAGGCUUCAUAUUCAUCCUAUUACAGCUGGUUCUUAUCACAGCCUUUGCCCACUCCUGGAACAAGAACUGGCAGACUGGCGCAGCCCAAGACUGUAGCUGGUUCCUGGGUGUGUUACUGGCCACCCUAGGAUUCUACAGUAUGGCAGGUGCGGGAGCCGUGCUAAUGUUCCACCACUACACACACCCCGAUGGUUGCCUGCUCAACAAGAUGUUACUCAGUCUGCACCUUUGCUUGUGUGGCCUCCUCUCUCUCCUCUCCAUUGCACCUUGCAUCCGCCUCAAGCACCCACACUCCGGCCUUCUGCAGGCCUCUGUCAUCAGCUGCUACAUCAUGUAUCUGACCUUCUCUGCACUGUCCAGCCGUCCCCCAGACACAAUAACCUUUCAAGGACAGAAUCACACCUUGUGCCUGCCAGGCCAGACUAAAAAGGAACCACAUGUACCGAAUACCUUGGUGGCAGUGCUGAGUGCUGCCAUCAUGUAUGCUUGUGUGCUUCUUGCUUGCAACGAAGCUUCCUAUUUGGCUGAGUUAUUGGGACCCAUGUGGAUCAUCAAGGUUUACAAUUACGAAUUCCAGAAACCCUCACUCUACUUCUGCUGCCCCCAAACAGUGGAACCAGAGGACGGGCAAAGGAGCAGAACCAGGCCAGGUGACCCAGAGAUGUCACCAGCUGCUCAGGUGCAGAGGCAGCAUCUUCCCUACAGCUACUCGGCUUUCCACUUCGCCUUCUUCCUUGCUUCGCUCUAUGUCAUGGUUACCCUUACCAACUGGUUCAGCUAUGAGGGAGCAGAACUGGAGAAGACCUUCACAAAGGGUAGCUGGGCUACCUUCUGGGUCAAAGUUGCCUCCUGCUGGGCCUGCGUACUCCUCUAUCUGGGGCUGCUCCUGGCACCAUUCUGUUGGCUCCCCACUCAGAAAUCCCCACCACCCUAG